AUGACACUGAAUCAUGUCAAUGCCAUUGAGGCCGAUAUCAUUUGGAAUGAAGACAAACAGGUUUCUAUGAUGGGACAUCCACCCGCUACUGACAGUGACUUGACCUUGUCCCAAUUCUUACAUGCAAUGUUGAAACUUGCAGCAAUGUUUCAACACUCAUCGACAAGUGAUGAGACGCCUCUUAUCGUGAAACUCGACUUUAAAAGCAGUCGGGCGUUUGAGGCGUCGUUGGAAUUGUUGACGACGUUCAUGGCAAAGUAUCCAUUUACUAAGGGUGUUUUUAUUAAUGCAGACAUAUUACCAGGACCUGCAAGUUCCAAUUAUGUAGCUUUUGACGCCAUAAUGUUCUUAGAACAGGUCAAUGAGCUCGGAGACUAUGAAAAUGGACAGCAUCGACACAAACUUGUGCUUUCAGUAGGCUGGACGACAACAAAUGUCAAUGAAGAAACGAUUCAUCGAGAAUAUACUUCGGACAUGAUUGAGGCUAUGCUGCGUGUGCUGAAACCGUAUGGAGACACACUUGCAGUGACGUUUCCGGUACGCGCGACAAGUGUGCGAAAAUCAUGGCAUGCGUUGCGCCCACUUCUAGAAUCACCGAAUUAUGGACUCACGCUUUGGUGGGCUAUGACUCAGAUGCCCGAUGAUGAUCUUGAAUGGAUAUAUACGAUACUGGAAUGUUCAGCUGAAGCGGAAAGCUCCACUGGCAGUUCGACAAUGUACGCCAACCGAACGUUCUACGAUAUCAAGGGUUUCAGUAAUUUCCUGGCAAGACGUGGAUGA